AUGUGUGACUUGUUCAAUGGUCCAGCAGCCUGCACAACGACGGCCGACGAGUCGAACCAAAUCGACGUAGACGCCAUUCGGGACCGUCUUCCGGCAAAUCUGCCGAUCCCAUCAAUGGAGGAGGUGGAAAAGAUGCUACGGGACAAAUGCAAUGCUGCUGGUGCUCCGGAGGAUGCGUACGAUAAUGCGAAAGAAGCUGCGAAAACCUUUGUAGAGUGUGGCCAAGGACUGAUCGAUAUUGCGCAGUUCCAGCAGGAAGUGGAAGCCGCCAAACCGACCGGUGAUCUGGACACCGUUUUCAAUAAAUACUGUCGCAAGCGAUCAACGUUGAUCGAGUGUGUGAACACACUCGCCAACGCUAUAGAUCCUUGCCUGGAAGCGGAAGAGAAGGUGUUCAAGACAUCCGGGUUGGAUAUUUUUAAGAAUCUGUUAAACUUCGUGUGCCACAAGGAUGGUGACCAGAUUGCACUGUUUAUCGCAGAGCAAGGACCCGAAUGUUUCCUAGAGCAAAAGAACGACCUGAUUGCCUGCGCCAAUACAACUUUCUCCAGCUACAUACCAGAGACUAGUCUAACCUCCAUCCCCAAGCUAGUCAUAGGACCGAAGCAAUGCGAGGACUUUAACAAACUGCAAACCUGCAUGGUGCGGGAGCUGGAACAGUGUGAUGAAUCGACACCGGCCAAUCUGGUUGAAUCGUUGUUCCGAUAUGUCCGCAAGGGAUCUCCGUGUGCGAACAAUUCGGGACGUUAA